UGUGAGCAAUGCACAUCAGCGGGGACGCACUUUGAACGACAAAAAAAACCCCAGCAGGCCCUCAGACCUACAUCGGUGUGGAAGGUUUAUUCUCACGGUCUUUUGUCUAGUCAGGAAUGUGGACAGCAGCAUGCCGUGUUCCAUGUGCACGCCAACCAAACACACACCUCAAAGGAGGCCAUUGUGACGGCCGUGUUGUUUUACUGUGCCAUCUAAUAAUAGCGACACGCCUUCUAAAUGUUCCUGGAGUGAAUUCCCUCCUGAGUUUCUGUUGAUGCUGGUGAGGCAGGAGGAGCGUACACACAACCUAACUGGAGACGCGCAUGCUAAACUAAGCUACACAACACUAUGCUUCUCUUCAACACACAAAAUGAGUUUGUUGCUUUCAGGCACAUGAGUGGCAGGAGCCUGAGAGACAAGCUGCACACCUUUCGCAGGACCCUGAAUGUCGUGCAGCCUCUGCUCAGUGGUCGCCUCGCGCUCCCCAAUGGCCGGGAGUUGACGCCUUCCAGCACGAUGAUGCUGCGCGAGCAGCUGAGGGAGAAGAUAUCUGUGGCUUUCUAUCGCCACGGACUGUUGUGUGCCACCUACCCGGUGCCCAUCAUCCUCUUCACCUCAGUCAGCAUCCUCACCUGCUGCUAUCCGUUACUGAGGCUCCCGCUCCCCGGGACAGGUCCUGUGGAGUUCAGCACAAGUGUGCGGGACUACAGUGUUCCUACCCACGGGCCUCUUGGAGACGUCGGAGAACGGCCUGACUGGUACCAGGGACCUCCGGUGGCAUACAUCCAGCAAGUGUUGGUGAAGGCGGCGGUGUCGCCAUGGGACAACAGCCUGGUGCCAGUGGACGUGUUUCGCUCGCCGCUGGGGCGAGUCUUCAGCCUGCUGGACGAGAUCCGCAACCACGUGCACGCCGACAGCAGCUCGGGCGUUCGCAGUCUGGAGUCGCUGUGCCUGCAAGUGACGGACUUGCUGCCGGGUUUGCGGCGGAUGCAGUCGGUGCUGCCGGAGCAUGGCUGCCUGUUGGUGUCGCCCGCCAACUACUGGCAGAACCAACGCGAGCUCUUUGACGCUGACCCCAACCCCUUAAAGACCAUCCAGAAACACGAGCCCAAAGGCCUGCACACCUCUGCCACGCUCAGAGACCUCCUGUUUGGUGUUCCAGGGAAGCUCACAGGUGUGAGUCACUACAACAGGAAGAGGGUAGUGACUUACACCAUCAGCAUGGUGCUGUCCAGCUAUGACGCAAGGUUCCUGGGCAGCCUUCGCGCUCGUCUGAACCAGCUCCACCCAUGCACCAAUUGCAGCCUGAAGAACGAGCGUGUGGUCCACGUGCACUUCAAGGAGGAGAUCGGCGUGGCAGAGCUCAUCCCGCUGGUCACCACCUACAUCAUCCUCUUCGCCUACAUCUACUUCUCCACACGUAAGAUCGACAUGGUGAAGUCGAAGUGGGGUCUAGCUCUGGCUGCUGUAGUCACUGUGCUGAGCUCACUGCUCAUGUCGGUUGGUCUGUGCACGCUCUUUGGCCUCACGCCCACUCUCAACGGAGGGGAGAUCUUUCCAUACCUGGUGGUGGUGAUUGGUGUGGAGAAUGUCUUGGUCCUCACUCAGUCUGUGGUGUCCACCCCCGUUGAUCUGGAAGUCAAGCUCCGCAUUGCUCAGGGCCUGAGUAACGAGAGCUGGUCCAUCAUGAAGAACAUGGCCACUGAAUUGUGCAUCAUUCUCAUUGGCUACUUCACACUCGUGCCAGCCAUCCAGGAGUUCUGCCUAUUUGCUGUGGUGGGCCUGGUGUCUGACUUCUUCCUGCAGAUGUUCUUCUUCACCACCGUGCUGUCUAUAGACGUCCGCCGCAUGGAGCUGAUGGACCUGCAUGGGCACAUCCGUACCGAGGAUCGGCUGCCGGCACCAAAGCCCUCACCUCUGCGCACACGGACGGCGCCCGCUGCCCCACGGCCCCUUCCUCACACCAUUACCCUACAGCCCCCCACUAGGAAUUUGCGUCCCCCCAAGAGGUUGCGACUGGUUUACUUCCUGGCUCGUACGCGCCUGGCUCAGCGCAUCAUUAUGGUCAGCACGGUGAUCUGGAUCGGCAUUCUGGUCUAUACCGACCCGGCUGGGGUGCGCACUUACCUGGCUGCACAGGUGUCAGAGCAAAGUCCCUUGGGAGACGACGGGGGCGGAGGCCUGACCCCUCACCUGGAGGUGGCGCCUGUCUUCCGCGGAGGAGACCCGACCAGCACACUCACUGACCGCCUGGCACCGGACCCGACGCCCUUACCUGAAGACCAACCGCAGGGCCCCCCUGGCUCCAGGGCAGAACCACUCCCCCAGUCCUCACCGGCUGCACCCCAGAUCACCUGGAGUGCUGAGGACGAGGAGGGAUGGAGGAGACUUUCCUUCAGACACUGGCCUUCACUCUUCAGUUACUACAACAUCACUUUAGCUAAGAGGUACAUCAGCAUUUUGCCCGUCAUCCCUGUUGCCAUUCACCUGAGCCCCCAGGAAGCCAUUGAAGGGCGCCACCCUCAUGACACCCAGCAACCUCUUCUGCCCAUUCCCAAGGUGUCAGCGGAUCUCCAGACAGACCUGACGCUCUACAAGGUAGCAGCGCUGGGCCUGGGGGCAGGCGUUCUGCUUGUUCUGCUGCUCCUGUGCCUCUACCGACUUCUGUGCCCGCGAAACUACGGCCAGAACGGUGGGCGCCGGCGCAGAGGGGACCGGCCCUGCGAUGGCUACGGAUACUGGCCGCCCGUCAGCGAGAUCUCGCCGCUCCUGCUGCGGGGCCACAGCAUGGACAUCGAGUGUCUGGCGAGUGAUGGAAUGCUGCUGGCCAGCUGCUGCCUUGCCGGACAGAUUCGGGUUUGGGACGCACAGACGGGAGACUGCCUGACCGUCAUCCCCAAGCACGGGCUGAGGCGGAGCAGCAGCAGCGGCUGCUGGGAAAACUUUGGCUCAGAGGGUCCCGACCUCUCCCUGAGCGGCGACAGCCUGUCUGAGGACGAGGGCUACCAGGUGAGGCACCGCACCACACCGAGCCGGCCGCCCCUCUUCAAAGACCAGCCGGACCUGACGCCGCUCAUCGACACCAACUUCACCUCCACGCCGGCCUGCCCCCGCGCCCCGCCGCCCACCAGGGAAGGCUUUGACUAUGGCGACCUGGUGGCGGACGCGUACAUGGCGCACGAGCCGCCCUCGCCGUCAAACUUCUUCUCGCCCUCAUCGUCCUCUCCGCCCUCCAGCAUGCUGCCCCACAGCCGCCCAAGCUUCGGGGACGCCUGCGACCUGACGGCCCCGGACUUGAGUGACGGCUCAGUGUGGGCGCUGGAGCUUAGAGGCAAUCUAAUAGCUGCUGGGCGGAGCAAUGGAAAAUUGGAGCUUUGGGACACCACCGACGGCCGUUUGCGCUGCAGCAGCGAGGGCGAGGGUGCGUCCGGCAUCACUGCGCUGGUUUUCCUAAACAACAGAAUCGUGGCAGCGCGUCUGAACGGCUCUCUCGACUUCUUCAGCGUGGACGUCAACAAACCUCUCGCUUUGCUUCAGUACCGAGGUACUCCGGGGCGGGGUGGCGUCCCCACGUCGCCCUGCUACAGCAGCGAGGAUGCCAUCAGUUGCCAGCUGACGCGCUCGGUGCAGUGCGCCCACCAGAAGCCCAUCACGGUGCUAAGGGCCGCCGCCGGCAGGGUGGUCACCGGCAGCCAUGACCACACCGUGCGGGUAAGGAAGUGUUGGGGAGACGGGGCGCUGGCCACGUGGGACAUGUCAGAAAAAGAUGGCAGAAUGUGCUUCAUGUUUGUGAGCGCUCAGGUUUAUCGUCUGGAGGACUCGUGCUGCCUCUUCACGCUGCAAGGCCACUCGGCAGGCAUCACCGCUGUCUACAUUGAUGAGACGAUGGUCCUGGCAAGUGGCGGCCAGGACGGCGCCAUCUGCCUCUGGGAUGUCCUGACGGGAAACCGCGUCAGCCAUGUUUUUGGUCACCGUGGAGACGUCACCUCCCUGGUGUGCACACCACUCUGCAUCAUCAGCUCGGGUUUGGAUGACCUCAUAUGCGUAUGGGACAGAAGCACUGGCAUCAAACUAUACUGUAUACAGCAGGAGGUCGGCUGCGGUUCCAGUCUGGGUCUGAUUUCGGACUCUUUGCUGGUGACUGGCGGUCUGGGCUGCGUGUCCUUCUGGGACCUGAACUAUGGAGACCUGAUCCAGACUGUAUACUUGGGCCCGAGUAGCGAUGGUCAGGGCGUGAGGCAGCUACUAGUCCUCAACAACGCCGCCAUUGUGUGCGACUUUGGAAGCGAGCUCAGUCUGGUCUUCGUACCGUCGGUUCUGGAAAAACUGGACUGAGGUCUGAGAUCUGAUCUUUGAUAUGACGCCCUGUAUGCUGCUAACCUGGAAAAACUCAGCCCUCCCUCUUAGAAAGACAAAACUGUCAUUUAAAAAGAAAAAAAAGCAAGAGGGGGGGGGGAAAAAAACCUGCUGCCUUGUUUGCAUCAUCUGUGAACAUGUGACCUGCUGCCAACUAUGUACACCUAAGGGGGGCCGGUGUUUAUGUACACAUCAAUUAUUUAUUAUAUGUACUUGAGAUCUUUAUUAUGGAACCCGGAAGACAACUACCGUAAUUUCUCGUGUAUAAUGCGCAUUCCCCCCCCCCCCCCCCCCCCCAAAAAAAUUGUCAAAAGUCCAUAGCGCGCAUUAUACAUAGGUAUAGGGGCAAAUGGAAAAAAACUUUCACAUUUUAUAAAUGUAUGCCGCCAUCUAGUAGUUAUGAAAAAGCUGUACACUUUCAUUCCAAAAUGUCACCGCCACUUAGUGGUUAUAAAAAGGUGAAGCCUACACUUUCAUUCCAAUAUGACGGGGUACGUAUGUGUUUCGCCUGGUCCUUCAUCUUUUCUUUAAAGAAUUGUACCCAUGUUACAAAUUCUGCCUGGGUAUUCAAACAUAUGAGCACAACUGUGUGUUUUCUCAUUUACUAAAUAAAAGUAGGGCUGUGAAUUUCAAAAUAAGAGCAAGUAAAUAAAAAAAAAAAAAAAAGAUUACGUGUUCAAAUAAAGUGCUUAACUUCAGAAUAAUUCUUUAAAAAAACUAAUAAUACUUCGUUUUGAUCAUAUGGGUAGAAGCAAAAUCAUGCAUUGUAAAAAUGCACUCUCCAUAGGUAGAAUGUUUUUUACAGAAUUUUGAGGUCAACUUUGGGGCUGCGUAUUAUACAUGGGUGCACAUUAUACACGAGAAAUGACGGUACUUAUUUUUACGUUGCGUAUACGACCUAUAACAUACGCUUCAAGAUGCGUAAAUUGUGCUCACAACUUAUUAAUUUGUAUGAGAUUCAUAAGGCAUGGGUGCGACUUAAUGAGUUGCACACUUAAGAUGCAGGUUUGGUAUAUAUCAUAUCUAACAUCUACUAAGUUGCCCUCGCGACGAACGAAAAGUGGGUAUAAGACUUAUCAAAUUGCGCAUGCGAGAAGGGUGCGGGUGCGACUUACGAAGUUGUGCAGGCAAGAUAUUAAAAGUACAGGUACAACUUAAUGUGUGUGCGUGUAAGAUAUGGUUAAUGGUGUGCACUUACAGUUGAAACCAAAUGUUUACAUAUACUAUAUAAAAAGACUUACUUUUUUUUUCCUCACUAUUGGACUAAACCUUUCAUGUUUUAGGCCAAUUAGGAUUUCCAAAAUUAUUUCAAUUAACUAAAUGCUAAACUAAUGAGAGAAGGAUGUUUUUAGGCAUUUUUUCAUUACUUUCUUCAAAGUCAAACGUUUACAUACAGUAAGACGACUGUGUCUUUAAACAGUUUGGGAAAACACAGAUGAUAGUGUCAUUUUGUGUAAGCUUUUGACAACAUUUAAGUUAAUUACACACAGACACGCACGUAUGGACGUAUUUGAACUAGGCACUACUGAAAUGCAAAGCUUCUUUGUGUAACAUCAUCGGAAAGUCAAAAGAAAUCAUAUAAGACAUCUGAACUUGCACAAGUCUGGUUCAUCCUUGGGUGCAAUUUCCAGAUGCCCCAAAGUUGCCAGAUUCAACUGUUCAAACAAUUAUACACAAGUAUAAACACCAUGGGAAUGUCCAGCCAUCACACCGCUCAGGAAAAGAGACUGGUUCUAUGUCUCAGAGAUGAACAUACUUUGAUUCAAAAUCUGCAUAAUCAACCCAAGAACCAAAGGCAAAAGAUCUUAUGAAGAUUCUGGCUGAAGUUGGUAAGAGUGUCAUUUUCCACAGUGAAACGACUACUGUACCGACAUGGGUGGAAAUGCCACUCUACCAGGAAGAAGCCAUUACUCCCCAAAGCAUAAACAAAGCUAGAUUACAGUUUGCAAAUGCAUAGAGGGCCAAAGACCUUAAUUUUCGGAGAUGUCCUGUCGUCUGAUGAAACUAAAAUUGAAGUAUUUGGGGGGGGGGUGCGCGACAUCAUGUUGUGGGGUUGUUUUUCUCAUGGAGGGACUGGUGCACUUCACAAAAUUGAUGGCAUCAUGAGGAAAGAACAUUAUGUGGAAAUAUUGAGGCAAAACCUCAAAACAUCAAAUGGGUCUUCCAAAUGGCCAAUGACCCGAAGCAUACUGUGAAGCUGGUUACAAAGUGGCUUAAGGAUAACAAAGUCAGUGUUGGGGAGUGGCCAUUGCAAAGUCCUGACUUUUAGCUAUUGAGAAUGUAUGGGGAGACUUGAAAAGUCAUGUGUGAACAAGGCGGCAUACAAACUUGGCUCAGUUACACCAGUUCUGUCAGGAGGAAUGGGCCAAAAUUCUAAAUCCUUGUGGAAGGAUAUCCAAAAUGUUUGACCAAAGUCAUACAGUUUAAAGGCAAUGGUACCAAACACUAAUGACAUUUAUGUAAACUUCUGACUUUGAAGAUCCUCUCAUUAGUCUGGCAUUUAGCGAAUAGAAAUAAUUGUGGUAAUCCUAAUUGAUCUCAAACAGGAAAAGUUUAAUCUGAUUUCAUGUUGCAGUUAGGGGGGAAAAAAAGCAUGUCUACGUAAAUAUCUGGUUGCAACUGUAUUUAGCGCUUUAGGUACACCACGCGGUGCCCAAAGUGCUUUACAAAACCUCACAUUCAUACACUGUGAAAGGCGUGUGUGCGACUUACACUUGCGAGAUAUGCAAGGCGCAGGUAAGUUGCUACUGUGCCUCACGAAUCUCGUGCGAAAGUUGCAACCGCACCUUAUAAAUCUUGUGUGUUACGCUUCAUAAGUUGCACACCGGCUUUAUGACUCAUGCAUGAAACUUGGUAAGCUGCACUGUUCGUAUCUUGCAACUGCAACUUAGUAAAGUGCCACACGCAUAUAACAAAUCUCACACAUGCACGCGUGAGAGUUGUAAGGCGCGUGUGCAAUUUACAAAAUUGGGUGCGAGGUGCGAAGUGUGCGGUGUGACGCGGUCUCCCGGGUUGCAUACUUCAUUGUGGCGGGAUGUAGUUUAACUGGAAGCUGCAGUACGCACGUCAUGUUUACGCGACGACGUCCGGUUGAAACUUGAAGAGGUCACGCGCUGCUUCUUCGUCCUUUUAGCGCAGGGGUGGGCAACAUAUGGCCUGCUCCCUUCUUUAAUCCGGCCCACCCAGUAGUUACAUUAUAAAGCGUCCCUUGAUAAUUGUAGCAUUCAUUUAACGGUUAUUUUCAAUUAUUUUAUCUUAAAUCAUUCAUAAAUUGAUUUACAUAUUGUAAAUAUUAAAAAUAAUUUAUUAUGAUUACAGUUAUACCUGUUUUUUAUUGGCAUUACAAUAAAUUGACUUAAUGACAUUUUAUUAUAAAAAUAAACUUUUAUAUGUACUGUAUGCUUCACCUGUUAUUUAACACCUCAUUUAGGAAUGAGCUGGUUCAUUUAUCCUUUUAAAAAAUUAAAUGCCCACCCCUGCGUUAGUAACGUCUCGCUGCUGAACUCGUGACUUUUUGGACCAAACAAGCAACUGUAGAAGAAGAAAGAAUGUAUUUUAUUGUUUGUCACACGCUAUCUUAAGGCUCUCUAGGCACCUUUGUGUUAGCAUAUUUUCCCUUUUUCAAAUUUUUUUUUUAUUAUUAUUUUCAAGCGGCACGGUGAAAUUAUUAUUUUCCCUUGUAACGUCAGUUAGACGGGUGAGAAUACCAGGGGUCUAGGGUGUCCACAACCAGAGAAAACAAAUGACUAUUGCGUAGAGGCAGGAAACCCCGCCCCCGGUCCCUCAUUGGCUGGCUGUGCGGGCUACAGUAGUGGCGUAACUUAUUGACUUGUUUUGUAACAAAAAAACAAAUGUACUAAUUUUCAAAUAAAGACGCUUUGAUAUGA